AAUGGAGAUAUUUGAAGCUUUAGAAAAAGGAAACCAUGAUUCAUAUAACAGCAACUCGUGUGAACUUAUACAAUAUUUUGAUAAGUUAGAUUCGUAUAUAGAAGAUGCUAACUUAAAAAGGUUUGAAUCUUCGGAGUUCAGUGACCUUAAACAAAUUGAUCGUGGUGGAACAGCAGUCGUAUUCUCAGCAAAUUACCAAGGCAAAAAGUACGCAUUAAAAAGUCUAAAUAUUCAUUUACUCGUGGACGAUAGAAGUUUCAAAGACAUUAAACGCGAG